AUGGUGAUUUGUAUAGUUGGUCUCACAGAUCUUAGUGUUUUGUCAGUGGUCAUUAUUAGGUUCUUUGUGUCAUGUGUUACACAUAUAGGAGCCAGUUAUAGGCCUAAGCCACCUAAGCCUCCAAUACUCCGAACUGCUCCCACGCCAACCCAUGUUGAAGAAAAGACAGACGCUAUAGGGAAAGAUGGUUCCACAGAUGAUGAAGAAUCUACCAAAAGGUACAGCAAGAAGGACCUAAUGUGGCAGUCGUUAUUCAAGCCACUACCAUCUUCACCUGAACCUAGAAGCUCCAGUGCCAAGCUGGGUAGGAGGUUGCAGCUUGAGGUAACAGAGGCACGAUCUGCAGCCAAUAAUUUAGACAAGUGUACGCACCAGCCUGCUGUACCACCACAUCUUCCAAAUAGCUUCACAACACAGGAUAUUAGGCAGCCUGUAGUUCCAGUAGAUACUCAGCCAAUACAAAGCUUAGAACAAGAGGCAUUACCUCAGGGUAUUACACAUGCAGUGCCUACACCCCCUGUACCUAGCACUUCAGCUACACAGGAUUCACGAUAUAAAUGUUCAUCCUGUCCAAAGGAAUACAGGCACAAAAAAAACCUUAUGGCCCACAGCAGGACUGCACACGAUCCAGCGUAUGACAAGGGAACACUCUGUCCACACUGUGGACAAAUGUUCACACACAAAUCGACACUACAGCGACACAUUAAUCGUCAUACGCAUGAGGUAGAAUAUACUUGCGUACGAUGUAAAAAGAAAUUCUAUACUGAAUCUAAUCUCAACCAACACCAGGAGACAUGUGGCUUAAAAGUACAAAAAUACAAGUGUAGUGUCUGUUGCAAAUGCUUUAAAGCUAAAGGGUAUCUCAGUGAUCACAUGGGAUCACACGAUGAUCCCGAACGAUACCAGUGUUCAUUUUGUCCUACUUCAUUCGGGCAUAGAGGAUCCCUUCAUAUGCAUAUUAUGAAGAAACAUGCAAAAUAAAAUGUCAGUAGUAGCCUAAAAGGUUUACGUCUUCAGUUGUACUUUGUACAUUUGCAUUUUGUGUGAACACGUGCUGGUCGUUUCAUUUUUAGUUUACAUUAUCUUUUGAAUAGCGAAUAUGUUCCGAUCGACCUGACACAAUAUUAACUGACAAUAGUUUGUUUUAAGAUUUUCCACUUCUGUAACAAUGAACUUCAUUUCGAUUUGACAUUCGAUUGUAUUAUACGGUGACAAAUAUAUUCCAAUUAUCUGAGUCAAUAUGACUUCACGUAAUACAAUACACAUUUUUAUCGCACCCUUGGGUGCUUUAUUGUUAUCAGUUUGCCGGGUGGGCGAUUGGGCGGGCCGACAGGCGUCCCGAUAAAUCUUUUCUACGGUUUCCAGCUAAACCGUUUGAGGGAUUCAUUUGAAAUUUUCAGGGAUAUUUUUACCUAUGAAAGUUUAAAACUGAUUAGUUUUUCGGCAGUCUGUGUAAAUGUUAAAGCGGCCAUUUUGGAUUUUCCGUCCUUAAAACAUGUAUCUUGAGCAGUGUAGGCAUUAGCAGCCUGUCCGCUGGUCAUUAUUUGGUUACUUUUUAUACGGACCAGUCCC